AUGUCAGCAGUUGUUGAUAACAAACCUGACAAGUCAACUAGAUUGUCACUGUCCCAACAGGACAUAACGACUUCACUUUUUAAAGAUGUGAUGCCUGAGAGAAGUCCUGCCAUUCAACUGGACAUGAUAAACAUGUCUGUGAGACUUGGGAAACAUCAGGCUCCAAUGGUCCAUGCCAACACCCCACCCACUCAUUAUCAUGUUUACAAAGAAUCUGGUGCUUCAACCAGUAUGCUGGCUACCUUCCAUGCCACAUCCACAGCACCGACUACUCUAACUACAUCAACUACCUCACCAGAGAUGGAAGGAAAGCAUACCUGGGCAUACAUUCUUGUGCCCCUGGGUGCUAUUGUUUUUCUGGGAAUUGUAAUAUUUGUGAUUGUUGUUAUACUGAAGAAAAAUAGGUUAGAUAAACUGCGUCACCAUUUGAUGCCAUUGUACAGUUUCGAUCCAGCUGCAGUGGAUGAAGACCAAGAUUGGGAAUGUGAACUUUUGGAUGGGGAUAAGGAACAGCAUGUGGCACUUCGCUCAGAGAGUCCAAGCUUCAGACAUGCACCAAAGUUGAAGUUUUCCACUGACCAUUCUGAACUCUGA